UGCAUAAUCGUGCAGCACGAUGGCGGCGACUGGAUGGGAUUGCUUCGACGACAGCAGCGACGACGAGGUCGAGCGCUUCGAUGAAGACGCUUGGGAGCUCACGCCCGAGCGCGUCGGCCGCAUUACGACGGAGCUCCUGCGUACCGUGCCAUCGCGCCGCGAGGCCCACGGCGUCGAGGAUGCUUCUAUGCUACUGCCGCCAGCUGCGACGCUGGCGCAGGACACAGCCGCGCUUCGCACGCGCCUCGAAGACGCCGGGUACAUCUUUCCCGACGCUUCUACCACGGACGUGGCCGUGGACUUGGAGGCGCUCACGGCCGAUAUGUCGUACGAGGCGACGCAGGCCGUGCUCACGUCGUUGCACGCCAGGGUGCUGCCAGGCGGCGUCGUCAUCACGCGCGUGCCGCCGAUGCUCUCGGUCGACUUUGUCUCGGAGCACUGGGCGCUGCCCCGCGUCGCGUCCUUAUCGGGGCCGUUUGCCAAUGCGGCGACGCGCAUCAUCCCGGGCCAUUGCCUCGUCGCCGUGCAGACGCGGACGGCGGAUGUCAACCCCAAGCACUACCGCCUCGAACCCGCCACCGCCGCGAGCUUGGACCACGAGCGCAACUGGGUCGACCGGGUCACGCUCGGCCGGACCUUCUCGGAGCGGCAGCACGGUGUUCUGAGCGUCGAAUCGCACGCCCGCGCGUGCAGCAUCCUGCGGGACUACGGUGUUGUCGUGCUCCGGGGUCUCUUCAACCCCGAGACGGUGCGCAAGUAUGGCGCCGCCGCGCUCUCGGACUUUGCCCAGGUCGCGGAAAAGCUCGCCGCCGACCACGACAUGGACGUCUUCAACCCGGGCGAGAAGCCGCCAUCGCGCAACUUUGUCGAGUUUGCGACGCGCGAGGCGUUCCGGUGCGACCUCCGCCACACGCCCGCGCUCACGUCGCUGCGAUCGACCGAGCCAGCAGAGGACGCCCGCACGAGCGACGGCAUCAACCCGCGCCACCCGGUCGUCGUGGCCAUCCUCCAGGACGUGGCGCAGCCGGAUGCCGGCCCGGUUCGCAAUGCGGGCAACUAUGGCAUGUGGAACUUUAGCUUUGGCGGGCCCGGGUCGCGCCAGCGCCUCUUGCACGGCGAGAUUGGCGCGAUCGUAAGCACGCCCGGCUGCUUUGACCAAAAGAUCCACGCGGACAUCCCGCAUCUCUUCAACACACUCGACUUGCCGCCGCACCUCCUCCAUGCCUUCUUGCCCGCCUGCGAUGCCGGUGGCUACGACGCGGGCCAAACCGCGUUUGUUGUCGAGUCGCACUUUCUCGAGACGUGUGCGCGCAUGACCAACGAAGACGGGUCGGGCAUCCCCGAGACGAUCGCCAAGACGAUCCGGCCGCACGUAACGCCAGGUGACUUGGUGCUCUUCGACUGCCGCGUCCUGCACCUUGGCUUGUCCAACACGACUGCGCCGAUGGGCUCCAAGGACGGCGUGCGCCGACCGAUCCUGUACGUCAACUGGCACCUGCCGUGGUUUGAGGACAAGAAGAACUGGGAGCGCGUCUCGCUCUUUAAGUCUGUCUAAUACAGCAACGACUGGG